UAAAAGUCGAAAUAUUUCAGUAACUAUAAAGACAAUUGGGUGCCCAACGUACAUUGUAACCGUAAUAAUUCGGUUAAUAAUAUAAAAUUUCCAACAUUAGAUAUAAUUGGAAUAAUUGUGAAUUGUAUAUAAAUAGAAAAUUGUAAUUAUAACCCCAAAGAAAGUCUAUUGAUGCUAAUAUUUGAGGAAAAUAUGAGAUCUUUAUACACCUUUUAUAAAUAAUCUAAUAAAAAAUUAUAUAAGAGUACAAAGUGUUUCAAUUCAAUUUAUAAAAAUGUCAAAUGAUUCAAUGAUAUGUCGUUUGUGUGGUAUUAAACAUGAACUUACAAAUUCAAAAUAUAUUUUUGAUGAGGCAACUAAUUUAAUGCAGAAAAUAAAUGACACAUUACCAAUCAAGAUUUCACAGGAUGAUCAUUCCAAAAAUAUAUGCUUGGAUUGUUACGAAAGAGUUACCACCCAUUAUGAUUUUAUCCAAAAUGUAUUGGAAAACUCAAAAGAAAACGGUAAUAUGGCAAAGAGUAAUUCUUCAUUUGAGCUCAAUAAAAGUGAAAAAAUGGAAAUUGCAGCAAUUUCCAAAUUAUAUAAUGAUAUGAUAUAUACAUGUCCAAAUUGCAAUAUAGAUUUAAUGAUACUUAUAAAAAGCAACCCUGAUGAUUGUAAUUAUGCAUUUCAAAUUUCAUUGGCCAUAGUAGACCAAAUGGAAAAAUCAAUGGAAAGAAAUAUCCAAACCUGUGAUGAUACAAUAGAACUUGUUAAUACUUGCAUAAAAACAAAUAUAGAAGAUGAUUUGCAUGAUUCAUCAUUGAAUCAAUGUAUUGUCAACGAUACAUUGAAUGAUAAGGAACAAAACAUCAGCAAAAUAGAUGAAAAUUUAUCAAUACUACAAGAAGACAUAAAUCAUGUUGAUACUUGCAUUACAUUUCAAAAAAAUGAUAUAUUACAGCGACUAAACAAAAGUACAAAAAGAAAACUUAUCGAAAAUAUUUCUUGUGAAACACCUAUUAAAUCACAAAAACUAGAAAUGAGAUUAGAUGCAACAAACAUUAUAUUGGAUAAUGAUUAUGGUGUCAAUAUCUUGAUAAAAGAUGAGAAUCUAAACGAUGGAAUAGGUGAAAAUGUGGAAUGGCUUAGUGAAAUAAACUUCAAAGAAGGGAAUAAUACAGUGUAUACAGUGGAAGUUGAAAAAGAUCACAUUAAUGAAAAUGGUAUAAAAUAUGAUGAUAUCGAUAAUAAGAGCUGUCCAAAAAUUGUAUGUAAUUUAUGUGGAGCUCGUUAUCUUUCACAAUUAAAAUACGAGUUUCACAUGGAGAGGCACAAGUCAGACAAAAUGGAUAGAUAUGUCUGCACAGUAUGUGACAAAGAAGCUAGCAGCGAGAAUUUAUUGUGGGAUCACUAUUUCCAUACACAUAAAAGCUCGAUGCGAUAUGCUUGCACACAAUGUGGUAAGAUGUUCACGAAAAAACCAAGAUUAAAUGGCCACCAAAAGAGACAUAAACACUUUGGUAUCAAAGAGAUACAUUUUGAGAUGGGCACAGAUGAAAUAACUGUCAAUCAGGCACAGAAGGCUAUCGCGGUCGAAAUACAGGGGCGAGUUGCCGCAAAUUGUAGUCUCUGUGGAAAAUUAAUAACAGAUUUAGAUCCGGAUGCUAUCAACGAUUUAGCGACAUGCGCAGCCUGCGAGGAUUCCACUUUAUCGCUGAUGGUCGAUGGAAACGAAAUGAAAGUGAUCUCGCCGCGGCAGUACCAUUGCUCGAAAUGCCCUAAACAUUUUGUGCGCAAAGAGAGACUUGAGUUCCAUGAAAUGAGACACAAUGAAAACAUGAAUGAAUUUAUCUGCAGCACAUGUGGCAAGGAGUUUAGUGCAGAAAACUCUUUGUAUGAGCAUUAUCUUUUUGUACACAAAGGGGCUAGGCCGCACAUCUGUGAGCAGUGUGGCAAGUCGUUUCAGUUGAAGGCACGAUUGAAGGAACAUCAUCGCACACAUACAGGCGAGAGACCUUAUCAAUGCGACGUAUGCGGCCUACGCUGCAUGACUACUAAUGCACUCAAACUCCACAGAAAAACUCAUUUCUCCCAUAAUCGCUAUGUUUGUAAUAUAUGUGAUAAGUCCUUCAGCAAAAAGCAGAACAUGAACGAACAUUUGGAAAAGCAUUGGAAAAACGAUAAAAAUGUAUCGCUGCCGCAAUUGUUUACAUGUUCGAUAUGUACCGAAGAUCUUCCGACCUAUCGUAUGUUGAAAUAUCACAUGAUGGAGAUUCAUCAGAUCGACCGCCAAGAUCCCUUACUAACAACACAAAAACCAUGGUAUGAAUGCAACGAAUGUCAUGAAAAAUUCAAACAUCAAAUGUCGCUCAAGGCACACAAAGAAAAGGUACACGAGGGCAAGGUCAGCCCAAUAUUCCAAUGCGAUGUAUGCAACGCUACUUAUAGAAUCAAACAGCUGCUGAUAAAUCACAUCAAAAGCAAGCAUGGUGGUGAGAAGCGAUACAAAUGUGCGCAAUGUUGCAAAGGAUUCAAUGAUACUAAAUCAUUGUACAAUCACAUUUUAUUACACACUGGUAGGAAGCCAUUUACUUGUGAAUAUUGUCACAUGAGCUUCAGGCGAAAAGACUCCAGGGACCACCAUCGCCGUAAGCAUACAGGUGAGCAGCCUUACCAAUGCUCGGAUUGUGGGCAAUCGUUUUCUACCUAUAACAAUCGUUCAAAACAUCGCAAGAAGGAACACGGAGAAGGCGAAAUUGAGUGUCCAGAGUGUGGAGAAAAAUGCAGCAGUCAACAAGAAAUCAGAAUUCAUCUAAAUAAGCAUCUUGGUGAAAAAUUGACGAAAUUACAAUGUGUAUAACAUUGCAGUAAUAUUAAUUAUACAGGUAAAGUUACUGUACAAAAGCAUUUCAAUAAAUAUGAUAACAAGACCUGUCAUGAAAAUACAUUCAUAUAUAACUGUAACAACAACUUGUAACAUAUUGCAGAUAUUCCUCAUAUGUCUAGGCAUACGUUCCACUGAUGCAUCAAUUUCAGUGAAAAAAUUGGUGUCAAGGUCUUGCGGUCAAGAUAUAACCUUGAUAUUGAUUUCUUUGCUGCUGGAAUCAAUGCCUUAGUGGAAAAAAUAUUGGAUAAAUGUUUUAUACAUAUAUGAGGAAUAUGUGCAAAAAAGUAAUAUGUGUAAUUAUAUGUUAUAGAUUACAAUUAUAUAUGAAUACACAUAUUCUCAUGACACUUCUUGUUAUCUUAUUUAUUAAAAUAUACUCGUAUUACGUUAUAUAGGUAAUGUAAUUAAAUAAAGUUUAUAAAUAAUUACAAAAUUACAUAAAAUGAUAUACUAUCAUACACAUAUUUAUAAUAGUACUACAUAUAUAUAUAUAUAUAUAUGUACACAUACACACAUUAGAUAGCACACUUUUAAACCACAUUGAGUAAAUAAUUUUAUAUAUAUACAUUUAUAUUAUGUGUCAUGAUUGAUUGAUUUUAAUACAUAACACAAAUAAACAGUAAUGUUUUUAUACACUUAAUGAUAUUUUAUGUUAAUUUUUGUCGUAUUUCAUAUGAAAUUCUAUGCUUUAAUUGUAAUGUCUGUCAAUGUACUAAAUUCUGCAAUGUAUGAUGGCUACCUAUAUGUAAAUAUAAAAUAUGUUCAUGGA